AUGGUCCUGCCCAUAGACUUCCCCAUAGUCCUCCCCCAUCCUUCUCUGUCCGUGUCCGUGAAGGAGGAGUUUAACCCCACCGUGUCUGGGAGGAGUCCGGAGAGUCUGCACUCCGUCCUACCAUCCGUGUGCUGGGGUGGAAGGAUCUUCUCUCAGCUCAUUCAUGACAACAAAAGGAACCUGCAGACCCCUGGAGUGUGA